AUUUGAAUAAGACCUCUUUCUGCUCACAGCACACACAGGGAAGGCGAGCAGUCCAAAAGACCAGCAAACCAACAGCAAGCUGCUUCUAAGCCUGGGUCACUGUAAGGACCUAAAGCCCUGCACUAAGAGAUCGUGCUAAAAGGACAGAAGUAAUCUGGUAAACCAUGACUGCCUUUCUUCUACUAUGUGCCUGCCUCAGUAUCUCCUCUGCAACAGUAAUGUUUGGACCAGUAAAUGAUGAGGACAGUCCCCUUAGUGUUAGCAUCCCUGUGGAGCCGCCACUGCGCCCCCUGCUUGGUGGAAAGAUGUUUAUCCCCUGCUAUUUCCGGGACAAUGCAGACCAUGACCCUGGAGCCCCUACUAUUGCUCCUCUAUCACAACGCAUCAAGUGGAGCUAUAUUAACAAAGGCAAAAUAAGCCUCAUCCUGGUGGCAUUUGGGGGAAUAAUACACACUGAGACAGAUUAUUUGGACCGGGUGACCAUGGUGAACUAUCCAUCAGUACCCACAGAUGUCUCCAUAGAGAUCUCAGAACUGCGUUCCAGCGAUUCUGGGACAUACCGAUGUGAGGUCAUGCAGGGCAUUGUGGACAACUAUGACUCAGUGGAGAUGAACGUUCAAGGCAUUGUGUUCCACUACCGGGCCAUAACCAGCCGUUACACCCUGACCUUUGACAUGGCCAAAGCAGCUUGCAUCCAGAACAGUGCCGUUAUUGCGACCCCUGAACAGCUGCAAGCUGCUUAUGAUGACGGGCUUCACCAGUGUGAUGCAGGCUGGCUUUCAGAUCAAACUGUCAGGUAUCCCAUUCAUGAGCCCAGGGAACCUUGCUUUGGAGACAAGGAAAAUUUUCCAGGUGUACGAACAUAUGGAAUCAGAGAUGCUAAUGAGACCUACGAUGUGUAUUGCUUUGCAGAGAAGAUGUCUGGCAGAGUUUUCUACUCCAUGCUCACGGAAAAGUUUACAUUUUCGGAGGCAUCUGAACAAUGUGGGAAACUCGGAGCCCAACUGGCGACCACAGGACAACUGUACUUGGCCUGGAAAGGUGGAAUGGAUGUAUGCAAUGCUGGGUGGUUAGCAGAUAGGAGUGUGAGAUACCCUAUCAACAUUGCCCGUCCUCAGUGUGGUGGGGGUCUCCUGGGUGUACGGACUGUGUACCGUUUUCCGAAUCAGACAGGAUACCCCCACCCAGACUCUUACUUUGAUGCCAUCUGCUAUGAGGGAGAGGAUAAAGUACUCACUCCUUUCCCUCAAGUACCUGGUGUGCAUGUGACCACAGACACCCACACCCCAGUACCUGAGAUUUACAUGACCACAGACUUCCAUUCCCAAGUACCUGAUAUUCACAUGACCACAGACACUGAGAUUAGUGUGGACACCUUCAGCUCCAGUCCAGUUGCCUAUCCUGAGAGUGUCACCACUCAGGUCGAAGUUCGAGGGGAGUUUGUCAGCGAGCCCUGGGUUACCACCAUGGUGCCACCCCCUUCUUUCUUUACUACUGUAUUGGAGAAUGUCACCGAGGAUGUGAUCCCUGUAGCUCCACCUCGGCCUAAUCUGGGCUACGAGGUACCCAGAGAGAAUGUCAGCAUUGUUCCAGAAUUUAAAGGAGUGGUGUUCUACUACCAGUCAGGUUCAGCACGCAGCAAUUUCACCUUUCAUGAGGCUCAGUCGAUCUGUAUGAGACAGGGAGCUGAAAUUGCCACACCCGAGCAGUUGCAGGCAGCCUAUGAGGCUGGCCUGCAUCAGUGCAGCCCUGGCUGGCUCCAAGACCAGUCUGUCAGGUACCCUAAUGUCUAUCCUGAAGAGUGCUUUGGUGAUCAAAACAAUGCUUCUGGGGUUAUCUCUUUUGGGCUUAGGCCUGCAGAUGAACACUAUGAUGUGUACUGCUACAUCGACCAACCAGAAAUGGGUGUCUUACAUGUCAGUUACCUCGGAAACCUUACCUACGAAGAGGCGGAAAAUUACUGCCAUGACCAGAAUGCCACCCUGGCCUCCACAGCGGCACUGUAUGCAGCAUGGAAUGAGGGCUUCCAUAACUGCGACCCAGGCUGGUUGUCCGAUGGCAGUGUCCGCUACUCAGUUCAAGAUCUCAGCUGUGGUGUAAAUAGAACAGGAGUUUACACCAUUUAUGCUAACCCUGACCAAACUGGAUUCCCAGAUCCUUUCUCCAGAUAUGAUGCUUACUGUAUUAAAGAAUCUAUUUCAGAAAGUGGUUAUGGAUCUGCCAGUGGGGUACCAAUUGGACGUGUACCUGGCCUUCCCAGUGCUGAAGACUCCAGCAGUGGAGAUGCAUCUGGAAGUGGCCUUCCCAGUGCUGAAGGUUCCAGCAGUGGCCUCCCCAGUGGAGAUGUGUCUGGAAGUGGCUUUACCAGUGCUGACGGUUCCAUCAGUGGCUUCACCAGUGGAUAUGCAUCUGGAAGUGGUUUUACCAGUGUCGAAGAUUCCAGCAGUGGCUUCCCCAGUGGAGAUGCAUCUGGCAGUGGACUUGAUUCCAGUAGUGGAACCAGUGGCAAUGUGUUAGGCAGCACAAUGGGGGGUGUGUCUGGGUCUGGUGAUGGCUCAGACAUCUCUGUCAUCUUUAAGGAGGAUGUAGACAUAAUAUCAGCAGAGGGAUCUGCCACAAAAGUCUCUCAUGAAGCAGUGGAAGGGGGUGCAGUGUUUUAUGCCUCAGGAGUGGAAUCUGGAGAUAUGAGUGGGGACCACUCAGGAUCAGGUGAUAUGUCUGGAUCUGGACAGGAUGGUAGUGGGUCUGGUGGUCUAUCAUCUGGAUCUGGCAGUGGAGAUAUGGUCAGCAUGGUUGACAAUGUAAUGACGUAUGUGCCCUUCCCACAGCCUAAAACAAAUCUAGAAGCUGUUGGAGGACAGCCAGAGGUUAGUGGAUACAGUGGGAUCCAUAGUGGUGACAUCACAAGUGGCUCUGCAUUCAGUGGAGUGCCAGAUGGUGAUGUUAUAAGUGGCUUUGAAAUCAGUGGUGUUCUCAGUGGUGAUAGCAUAAGUGGCUCUGGAGUGAGUGGAGUGCCAAGUGGUGACAUAAUAAGUGGCUCUGGAGUCAGAGGAUUGCCCAGAGGCGACGCAAUAAGUGGCUAUGGAGUCAGUGGAGUGCCCACUGUUGAUGCCAUAAGUGGUUCUGGGUUCAGUGAGGUGCCCACUGGUGAUGCCAUAAGUGGUUCUGGGUUCAGUGGAGUGCACAGUGGCGAUGCCAUAAGUGGUUCUUGGUUCAGUGGAGUGCCCAGUGGUGAUGCCAUGAGUGGCUCUGGACUCAAUGUUGUCCAUAGUGUUGAUGCCAUGAAUGAAUCUGGUUAUAGUGAAAUUCACAGCAGAACCUCUGGAUCCACAGUUCUGUCUUCUGGUACUUCAUAUACAGAUGAUAUAAGUGUAAAUCCAAAUGGAGGUUUUCUUUUAGACUUGGAGGAUGUUAAUGCUACCGAUGUGUCACCUAUCAACACCACCAGUACCACCACAUCAACUUUUACAACCAGUCCCUUGACAUUGCACUUGACACCAGCUACCAUGGACCAGCCCACUGUUGCUGAAGCAACACAUGGAUGUGCAGAUGACUGGGUGGAAUUUGAGGGCAGCUGCUAUAUCCAAUUCAGUGAAAAAAAGAAUUGGACAAGUGCAGAGCAGCACUGCCGAGAGCUAAACUCUCAUCUGCUUAGCAUCACUUCCAAGAAAGAGCAAAUAUUUGUCAACAGUCAUAUUUGGGACUACCAGUGGAUUGGACUCACUGACCAAGACCAUCUAAAUGAGUUCCGCUGGACAGAUGGAAGCCCUUUGGAAUAUGAAAACUGGAGACUAAGCCGGCCAAAUAGGGAUUUUAAUGCUGAAGAAGGCUGUAUAGCAAUGAUUCGGCAUGAGUCUGACCAAUGGAUUGUUCUGCCUUGUAACUACCCUCUGUUCUUCACAUGCAAAAGUAGAUCUUUCAAAUGCUCCACCCCUCCUGAAGUUGAAAAUGCCAGGAUGUUAGGAAACAGGAUGGAGUACUACCCAGUCGACUCCAUCAUCCGCUACCAGUGUGACCCUGGUUUCAUACAGCGGCAUCAUUCUGUGAUUCGCUGCAUGCCAGAUGGCCAGUGGGAAGAGCCUAAAGUGGAAUGUGUAGAAAGCAUUUCAAGAAAAAGACUACAAAAAAGAUCCCUCAAGUGGCAUUCCAAAGCAGUCAGCAGUCGAACAUGAAGAAAGGUCCUCUGAACAGGACACAAGGCACGCACUUCAAAUCAUCUAGAGGACUGUUGUUAGUAAAAAUGCAUCUCUGCACAAGUUUUAUUUGCCCAGAAGAAAUCCAGUAGCCUCGGUAACAGGGUCCACUUUAUACAAUGAUGCACAUUAGGUUCUGUUCUGUAGUCUGCCUGGCUGAUUUAUUUUCGAGUGUUACUCAGUGCCUUGGUGUUGGGGGAAAAAGAAGAAGGGACAAGUUUUCUGAGUGAAAGUUCAACGACAGAAUGUCUUCCCACUUUUAAGUCAUUUUAUUUCUUAUACAACCCAAUGUUUAACCCAAGGUUAACCCCUCUAAGUCCCAGCUUGUAUUUUUAUUAUUAUUCAUGCUUGACUACUUGAAUUUAUUCCAUAACUACAGCGAAACUAAUUUGAAAGUCAAGUAAUCACAUGAAAGAAGAAAGAGUGAGUAAAAGUUUACAAAACUGAAUUUGAUUAUUUAAACCUAAAAUAAACUAAAUUAGAUCAUUUUAGUCCGUAAUCAAUAACAGGCUGAAAAUUUCGUGGACAUGGGGGGAAAAAAAUAAUUAAGCCCUGGAAACAAACUUUUUGAAAAGUAUUCUUUGUGCUCAACUGGUGACACUUUCUUCUUCCUGCUUUGCAUCAUUUUCUCUGCUGUUUCAUGCGAGUGAGUAAAAGAGAGAAAGAGUGAGCGAUUGUAUGGUGGGCAUAAGAGUAACACUUACUUAAAAAGACAAAAGGCUUCAGUGACUACAGCCGGAUAUAAUAAACUCAGAAGUAUUUCAAAUGAAUUCUGAAGACACCAAUUUUUUUUCUUGUUUUGUCUGUCCUUUGUUUGUCCUUUUAUUUUUUGUACGCCUAGCUUCAUCACAGGAUGCAAGUGAGACUGUGAAAGAUAAAGAAAAACAUCCAUUGCAUUUCUGUUUCUGUUCACUGGAAAUUUUUAAAAUUCAUGAUAUAUUUUAACAACUGAAAUGAAAACAUUAUUUAUUAAGGACUAGAGGCUUGAAGCACAUUUAAUUGUCUUUUCAUUUAGGAACGCUAGUCCCCCUAAUGCUUAUAUUACAGAGAUCGCUAGAGCCACCAGCAAAAAACAAAAAACAAAAAACAAAAAAACAAAACUAUGCUGAUAUUGGAAGAUGGCCACAAAUAUUAACAGGUUCACAAGCCAAAAUUUAUCUGGGUAACCCAGAGCCGUCUCUGUAAGAUAAGCAGUGAUCAUUGCACUGGUUUGUAUUUUAGUCAUACAAAGCAAUAGCCUACACUUUUAUAUGCCAUUGUCUUGCUGUCAACUGUUACACUGAGCUCAUAGCUAUCUGAGUGCCACACCUGUGUCCACUGAAUAAACCAAGACUAAAUA